CAGGAAGUGAGUGACAGAGAUGACAAUGACCAAGGUGAAGAAUACAAUGGUGCAGGGUCAAGAUCAGCUUCCCGCUCACGGUCUCGUUCAAAGUCCCGUUCCAGGUCACAUUCUAGAUCUCGCUCAAGAUCCCAUUCACGAUCCCGUUCUCGCUCGCGGUCAGGCUCAAGGGGCAGAUCAAGGUCAAGAAGUCGGAGCCGUUCACGCAAGCAUCGUUCCCCAUCUCGUAGUAGGUCACGUUCCCGUUCUAGGAAAAAGAAAAGAUCUUACUCACGAUCCCGAUCUCGGUCUCGUAGUCCAUAUCACUACAGACAUAGAAGGUAGCUAUAAAAAAAAUUCAGUUUAUUAAUAGUUGUAAUGGUAGGGAGUUAAUGCAACAACCAUAUCAAUGGUAGUGAAAUUUUGGCAUUCUUUCCAAAUUGUUGAUAAUUCUAAAGUGCUCAAGUUGUGGGGCGUUCUUUGGGACUUCAUCCAAUUUCAGAAAGAGAAAGAAGACUUUUUUUCUGAGUCAGUUCACAUCCCCCAUAAGUUAUUGCUUAAGAAAUGUUUUGUCUGUUUAUCACCAUACAGUUGUUCAUCCCAGCAGAUAUUCAGGCCAUGUACAUAUGAACUACAAUGUAUUGGUUAAUGAGUGAUUUUCAUUAUCCAUGAAGCCUAGUGAAUAGAGCUUCUGCUAUUGUCUGGGAGGUCAUGUGUUAGCCCUUUAAGCCCUAAGAGUGAUCAGCAUCAGCAAAACGGCCGUACAUUUUCUUGUAAAAAAAAAAUCCUCAUUAAUACGGUCACCUGUUAAUAUGGCCAAAUUUUUUUGGCCCAUUGGUGACCGUAAUAACAGGGAACGUUUCACUGCAUUGCUGUCAAGGUUUUUCAGUUUAACGUCUACUCAACAAGACAUGUCAAUGUUUUUUUUUUUAUCUCCAUAGAUCCCGCAGUGUGUCUCCACUUUCCUCCAGAAAACGGCAUGUUGGAAGCAGGGUAAUGCUUGGUUGUCCUGUCUUGUUGUAGCUUUCUUCAAUUUUUUUGCGUUGAUGUAAAUAUAACUUUCAUUGUGAUAUUUUUUCUACCUGCAGGACAACCCUGAAAGUAGUAAUUGCUUGGGAAUUUUUGGAUUAAGUCUGUACACCACUGAAAGAGAUUUAAGACAAUACUUUGAGAAGUAUGGUGGCGUCGAAUCAAUCCAAAUAGUGUAUGAUCGUCAGGUAAGAAAUUUAUUUUGCUGGUGAUAUAUCAGUGAUUCGUUAUAAUCCAUUAUAAGGCUGAAAUAUAUUGAUAUAGAUGAAUUUACCUACAUUUACUAUAAAUCACAAACAAAAACAUUUCAAUUAACUAGUUCUCUUUUAAUGAACACCUAUAAUGAAUGAAUGAAGUGUCCUGGAUUAGAGGGCAACAGACAUGUUUUUCAUGUUAACACUAAGCUUGGAUGUCAGCAAAAUGGGCAACAAGGGCAGCCACUAUCAGUCCAUUCAUGAGCUCACUGUAACCCACCCAGCCCAUGAUAUAUUAUAACUCCCUGAAGACGACACCUGGAGUUUUGUCACUGCCAUUACAAAGUUUUCAAUGAGGUCUUUAGUAGUCGGCAAAAGCCUUGGAGUGGGCGGAGAAGGAAAAAACUCACGGCGCGACUUGCAAAUGCCGAAAGAAGGAGUUACAAUAAAUUUUGAAGUUAGGGCUUCUUAAAGUGAAUUUCCAGCAUUCUGGCGCAAAAAUUAGUGUUUGAAAAGAACACAGACAUCAUUAAACUUUAGCUUUUUUGUCAGUAAUUUCCAAAGAAAAGUAGGCGCUGAGUUGAUGUGAAAUAGCCGGCAAAUUUUGCCAGCCGGCUCUUAUUGAGAACCCUGGCCAGAAUUCAGUUAUCUUCAGUGACUCAUAAAGAAUGACUCUGAUGACUGUACAUUUAUGUGUGAUAAUGGUUAAUGAAUAAGUAUUUCUAAAGGUGUGAUUAAGGACAGUGGUGGAAGUUGAUCCAUUGUUUUGUUUGUAAUAUGUUGAAUCUUGUAGAGUGGUCGCUCAAGAGGAUUUGGAUUUGUGUAUUAUGAAGCAGUUGAAGAUGCUAGAGAGGUUGGUAAUUGCCUUGCAAGUGUAUUUUAUAUAUUGUGCACAUCACUGUAGGAAUGAAAAGAAUCCUUUACUUUAAGGCUGUACAUGAAUACAAAUUGGGUAAAAAAUUAUUAGUCAUUUCCGAGAUGGUGGCCUUCAGUACGCGAGGUCCCGAGUUCAAUUCUUGGUGAUGUUAUAUCCUUGUUUGAACUUCUCUCCUUUCUCUGUGGCUUUAACUGCAUUAAAUACCCUUAAAAUGGAGCAUUGAUGGAGGGUGGGGUAAAAUGAGCACACCAUCGAUCUCAAGUUUAUCAGUUGAAUUACUGUCAUGAGUUAUGGAUGUAAAAUAUGGUUGCUUUACCUUUGACCUUUACCUCUUAAGCCUCCUUAAUUUAACAAGAAAUAAAUAUGUAAAUAUUGAUGGGAGUAUUAACAUUUAUUAAUAUUUUCUUUUAGGCUAAAGCAAGUACUAAUGGUUUAGAAAUUGAUGGUCGUCGUAUACGAGUGGAUUACUCCAUCACCAAACGGGCUCACACACCAACUCCUGGGGUCUAUAUGGGCAAACCUACACAGUAAGUGUCACUUGCUAGCCUCUAUUUAUAUUUAGCUAAGGGUGGGGUAAACUUGGCUGGGAAGAGGCUCAGGUCUUUUUUGUGAUUUUAUGGACCAAGAUAAAGUCAAAAUCAGUAAUAAUACAGAAAAGAAUGGCAGGGAUAAUGAUAUCAGCAUGAUGAGGUGAAAAUCUAUGAAAAAAAAGAGACUGCAUUGUGGCACAAAAUUUUUGCGGGUUCUAAUUUUUGUGAUUUUUCUAGGAUCUGCUAAAAUAAGUUCCUGCAAAAAAGAAAAAAGGGCAGGAAACAUUAUUUUGUCUUGGAAUAAUUCACACAACAUUCUCUUAUUUCCGAUCACUUCUAAUUGAUAAUCCUAACAAUCCGUCACCAUGGAUGUCAUUGUAAAUGAAUGACAGAGAAAAGUAAUUUGUUUUUCUGGUUUAACAUAGCUUUGCACACUGUAGUAUUGUUUGAAAAAUAAUAUGUAUUUCCACUGCACAUACGUUUAACCAAUAGAAAUGAAAAUAUUAUCACUGAUUAUCUUAUUUUGUUCGGGACUUUCUGAAAACCACAAAAAUUAAUUCCCAAUAAGAAAAAGCAAUCUGUCCUAAUCACAAAAUUAGUUCCUGCAAAAUGCCAAGAAUCGCCAAUCUGCCAAAAAAAAAUUAUAAACUCCCACAAAAAUUUCAUGCUACAUGGUAGGUGAAAGAAGAAAAUUAAUUUCUUAGCAUGUUGUACAAAUAUGUUUAAAUAUUUUGGGCCCUCUUUCCUUGCUGAUUCCUGGAAUAAAUUCCCGUUCACUUAGGCCCAGUUUUUCAUGAGCCGAACCUAAUUCGAAUUAAGGCCGACCCAAAUUGUUUAAACCGGCUGAAUUGAUUCAGACGCCGAUCUUAAUUCCAGCCGAGCUAAAUUCAAACGGAGAAAAAUGCUCAUUUCAAUCAAAUUACUAACAAAAUACGUUAUAAUAAUUUAUGCAUUAGGUUCGGUACAUGAAAAGUUGGGCGUCUGAAUCAAAGCCGUUCCAAAGUCACUCCAAAGGCGAAAUUCCCGGCCAGGCUAGGCGAAAAGAACGGCUGAGCUGUUCCAAAUUGAAACAGGUGUUCCUAAUUGAUUCAGAAGCCGAACUUUUCAUAUACUUAAUUCAAUGUAUUAGGUUGGGCUCGUGAAAAGUUUGGCGUUUGAACCGGGCCUUACAACUUCCUCUGUUGCUCAUUUCUUGACUUUUGCUUCUAAGGCACCGAAACUAUCGCAAGAGUUACUAUGAUGACUACAGUCGUGAUAAAGAGUAUUAUGCCAAGGAUCGACAUCGUGACUCAUAUGGCAGUGGAUAUGGUUAUCGUUCUCGCUCCAGAUCCUACUCCCCACGUAAGUGGAUAUUA